UUAUAGGUCCGCCGUCAAGCAUUAAUUCAUGAUGCCGCUUCUCCCAUAACGUCAUUCUCAUACGACCCUCACUUUCGGAAUCCGAGAAGCUUCUCCUUUUCGUCACUGGCCGAGCUUUCAAAAAUGGUCUUCUUCUCAACAAAACGUCGCCAUGGAAAUCGAUGGCGUCACAGUCUCCAUCAACGAAACAAUCCCCAGUCUCCAUCAACGAAAUAAUCCCCCUUCUCCGAUUUAACAAAUAAAAACUUAUCAAAGAGUGAUGUGUGAAAACUGUGUGGCCGCGCUUUAUUUUUUGCAUUAACCAAUUAUUAAUUUAUUUAAUUUUUGUUGCAGAUUAUACCGGUUGUGGAGAAGGGUACAAGUGUAUUAUUAUAUAAAAUAUAUGGUGUAUGUGUGGAAGUUAGGUCAAUUUGUUAGAUGGUGAAUUAUAAUUUUAUUUUGCAUCAUACAAUGCAAAUUCCCUUUUAUUUAUCAACCCACAAGCGCCAUAUCAGAAUUUGAUCCAACGCCACACCUUUAUCGAUUGAACUUGGCGCUCGGGAACUUUCUCGUCGCGACAUUCUCUUAACUGGCUCAAGUUUGAUCUCCUGUAAAUCGUCACUGUUUCAGUAGCCAUGGCAAAGCAUCACCCUGAUCUGAUCAUGUGCCGGAAACAACCCGGCAUUGCCAUCGGACGACUGUGUGAGAAAUGCGACGGGAAAUGCGUGGUUUGUGAUUCUUACGUGCGUCCCUGCACUCUGGUGCGUAUUUGCGACGAAUGCAACUACGGAUCGUUCCAAGGCCGGUGUACUAUAUGCGGAGGGGUUGGGAUCUCGGAUGCUUACUAUUGCAAAGAGUGUACGCAGCAGGAGAAAGACAGAGAUGGUUGUCCCAAGAUUGUCAACCUUGGGAGUGCCAAGACGGAUCUCUUCUAUGAACGUAAGAAGUAUGGAUUCAAGAAACGAUGAAGAUGUAUUGGUUUUCCCGAUUACUGCAUCUCUUAUGCUAUGUUUGUUGCAUAAUAGUAAAACUAAUAUGUAUUGGGUAUUAAAAACCCAUGCAUUAUGCUUUCUUUUUCUUGAUAAUCUAGACUUGAGCUGUCUUUAUUGGACUUAUCUUAGUGUCUAAAUAGCCUCUUGCAUUGUGCCU